AUGCCAGUGAAAUGUUGUUUCUACAGGUCACCACCCUCAGAAGCAAUGGCCUGGUCAGAAAACAUGGACACACUUUUAGCCAGCCAAGCUGGUCUAGAAGCUUUUAAAACAUUUCUAAAAUCAGAGUUUAGUGAAGAAAAUGUAGAGUUCUGGCUUGCCUGUGAAGACUUCAAGAAAACAGAAAGUAUAGAAAAAAUUGCUUCCAAAGCCAAGAUGAUUUAUUCUGAAUUCAUUGAAGCUGAUGCUCCUAAAGAGAUCAACAUUGACUUCAGUACCCGGGACCUCAUCUCAAAGAAUAUUGCAGAACCAACACUCAAGUGCUUUGAUGAGGCUCAGAAAUUAAUCUAUAGUCUCAUGGCCAAGGAUUCUUUUCCUCGAUUUCUAAAGUCAGAGAUUUAUAAGAAACUGAUAAAUAGCCAACAAGUUGGAAAUCAUAAAAAAUGGCUCCCUUUCUUGUGA